GCCAAAAGAGCGCGCGGGCCCACUACACGGCCGCCUGACUCUCAAAUUCGUCAAAGGAUGUCGUGGACUGCUUGCCUCGAAUCAUUCACCCCGCAAGAUUGUGAUUGGAGAGCGAGCAGCGAGUCCGUCGACAGAGGGUUCCUGCAGUAUUCCUUCAAGGUCGAAGUUGCGAAACGCAGCGAGGAGCGCAAUCUCGAAUGUCUGCCUCUGUCGAUUCUGGCUCGAAGCCACCUUUGGCACGCACUCCGCUCCGAGUAGUCUCCGUUCAAAUAGAGGCUCACUUUCGCAAUGUGCAGCGAAAUGCGGAAAAGGUGAAGCAAAUGCUGCAAGAGAAGCUGGCUGCUGGGACGGAGGCAGAGCACGAAGCGGGAUCAGAAGUGGAUCUCAUCGUCUUGUCGGAAAUGGUCUUGACAGGGUACAUGUUUAGGGAUCGGGCAGAGGUGGAGGGAUACAUCGAGUGGCCUUUGCGAAACGCCGUGGCGCCUGCCGAGGAAGCGGUGAACGAAGCAUCCUCCAGCAAGACUGCGACUCCGACUGCGACUCCGACUUUGGAUCUGUGCCGCAGCUUGGCCAAGCACUAUUCGUGCUACGUGAUAGCCGGCGUGCCCGUCCGAGCCCCGCUCACACUUCCUACUCCAAGCCAUCCACAUUCGAUCUCGACGUCGUUCGACGCAAGACCGUCGCCUGACGACCGAAAAGUGUCCGGACUGCCUCCUCCAGAGUCGGAGAAGGAACAAGGCUGGUACAAUGCAGCGCUCUUGGUCGAUCCGAAAGGAGAGCUGGUGCAUUUGUUCAGGAAACACUUCUUGUACGAGGCCGAAGAAGGUUGGGCUUCCGAAGGCCCAGGCUUUACCUCCAUCACCUUGCCCCAUCCCCGAGAUCCGUGCACCUCUUUCAAAUUGGGCUGCGGGAUUUGUAUGGAUCUGAGUCCUCAUACGUUCAGUGCUCCGUUUGACAAGUAUGAAUUCUCCACUUGGGCCGCCAAGGAAGAGUGCGACGUGGUUGCGUGUCCCAUGGCUUGGCUCGCAAUGGAGCAGAAGCAGCCUCUCGAAGAAAGCCCGAACGCAGAAGCGAGCAAAACUGCCGAGGUGGGGUCGGACAACUCACAAGAAGAUUCGGACGAGGAAGAAAGGCAGCCGCUGCAUCCUGAUCAAGCAGAUCCUAGAAUGCUCAACUACUGGGCACUACGACUUAUGCCUCUUGUUCGGCAAGUCGGCAGAACAACCACAGUCGUCCUGUGCAAUCGAAUUGGGUAUGAGCGCGGCACAACCUUUGGUGGUUCGUCUUGUGUUUUGAAACUCGGUUCCAACAAAGCAAUGCUGCUCGCGGCCGCAGGGUCGGGCACAGAAGAAGUAGUAGGAGCAGAAGCCUCUCUCUGACGUCUCGAUUCUACGGAUAGCCAGAUACAAGACCUUGACGUUGAGAACUCUGAGCGCUCGAGCAUGUCGUUGCAAUCACUACAUACUCGCACUUGAUCUUUUACUUGCGCCGCGCGAUCGCGUGUCAUCGAUGCUUUCUCUUCAUCAGCUUGCAGACUUCACGCCAUCAUUAGAGGGA